ACCGUAUGUAUUGGUUCCGCGUGUGUUUCUCGUUGUUUAUUUAUUUUCACGAAAUUGGCGUAUUUGGAUGUUUUUACUGGCAUGUACAUGGUUUACCCGACAGUUAGCGGCGAAUAAAAAUCACAACGUAAUUUCUGCACGGCGCUCGUUCGACAUGGCGUUGUUCGCUACGGUGGCGUUUUACAGCUAACGAAAAGUGGAAGCGCCCCUCCGUUAGUCACGGCAGACGAUAUAAAGGAAGGAAACAUGUCGACGCAAGCGUCGGUUAAGUCACCCUCUGGACGUGGCCAGUGGGGAAGAGGAUUGGAGUUCUUCCUCUCCUGUGCCUCUAUGUCUGUCGGUCUGGGAAAUGUCUGGAGGUUUCCCAACGUUGCAUACGCCAAUGGCGGAGGAGCCUUCCUAGUUCCUUACCUCAUACUUCUGCUACUGAUAGGACGUCCCUUGUAUUACAUGGAAAUCGCCCUCGGUCAAUUCAGCGGCCUAGGAACUGUAAAAGUAUGGAAAGCAGUGCCAGCUAUGCGAGGUUUGGGCUACGCACAGUUGUUUUCAGUCGCCUACACGCUCAUCUUUUACAAUUUCUUAGUCGCCCUCGCUGUCCGUUACUUCUUGGCUUCUAUGUCUUCCACUCUUCCGUGGACGCAAUGUCAAGACAGCUGGUUUCAAGGCACGCAGCCUCCUUUGUCGUGCGACAGCUUCAAUAUCUCCGGAGGAACUUCUUACAACACAUCUUUGAGUAACGCUACCGAAUCUCCGUAUAACAACACACUGUUGAGUGACAUGUCAAACGUGACUGAUCAUCGAAAGCGUAUUUCCGUGCCGGAACUCUACUGGAAGUACCACAUCACGCACCAGUCCGAAGGUCUGUGGGACAUCCAGUGGAUGAGCUGGGAGUUGUCCUUGUGCUUGUUUUUCGUCUGGGCCUUUAUGGCCCUCAGUUUACUCAAGGGCGUGAAGACAAUAGGAAAGGUUGCGUACUUCACGGCUAUCUUUCCCUACGUCGUUCUCAUCUCGCUCCUCGUCGUCGCCUGUCUCCAAGAGGGAGCGUUCGAAGGCAUCAAGAGGUUCUUCACUCCGGAAUGGCACAAAUUAUACGACAUACAGGUUUGGUACAAGGCGUGCGAACAGUCAUUCUUCUCCUUAUCGAUCGGCUAUGGAGCGCUCAUCGUGUAUUCAAGCUACAACGACUUCCGGAACAACGUUUACAGGGACGCCAUCAUGUUGAGCGUUCUGGAUACAUUCACUAGCAUCCUGGCUGGCUGCGUCGUAUUCUCUGUACUCGGAAGCCUCUCCACCAAGUUGGGUGUCGAUUUUGAGAACGUCGUCGGUUCCGGAGGAACAGACUUGGCUUAUAUCGUCUACCCGGAAGCGCUUGCCAACAUCGUAUUUGUUCCUCAGCUCUGGUCGGUUCUCUUCUUCUUGAUGCUGUUCACGUUGGGCGUCGGCAGUUCCGUUGCUCUCAUGGAAACCAUUUUGACUACGAUCCGAGACCAGUUCCCACAAUUGCAGAAACGGAAAUGGAUGCUUGUCAUACCAUGCACUACAUUCCUCUUCCUGUGUGGACUUAGUCUUACCACAGACGCCGGGCAGUACAUCAUGAGGAUCCUGGACAACUACGGCGUCGGCGGUGCCGUCUUCUUUUACGCCAUCUUGGAAAGCGUCUCUAUCAUGUGGAUUUACGGGUACAGAAGCUUCUGCAAAGACAUUGAGUUCAUGUUGAACAUGAGGGUCGGUGUCUUCUGGAAAGUGACCUGGGCUUUCAUGGCUCCCAUCCUGCUUAUAGGCAUAUUCGUCUAUGGCAACAUACUCCUCUUCAUGGAUGGAGGCGGAGCUGGAAAGGGCAUACCGUGGUGGGGUAACCUCCUUGGUUGGAUGCUCGCUGCCGUCUGCCUUAUCCAGAUACCCGUGUGGAUGGUUGUGGUCGUCCGAAAAACAAAAGGAAGCUCCCUAUUAGAGCGUUUGCGGCGGUCCUUUAGGCCCGCCAUGGACUGGGGGCCCCGCGAUCUAGAGACACGACACCAGUGGAAGAUCAUGAAGGAUGGCCUGGAAGACAAGGGCAUGGCACCGCCACCGUACGCCGUAGCAGUACUGCCCCUCUCAAAUGGAUUGAGCAAUCCCGCUUUCGAGAUGACAGAAAGGACUUCGCUUUAAUAGCAAAAAAAGAUAGUGUAUAAUAUAAUGUGGACCGGCGAUGUUGCUCGUUGAGCACAGUUCGUGGACAUAUUUAUAUGCGGGCACACAUCAUGGGGCGUCGAUACGGUGCAAGGACAACAACAUGAAGACAUUACUGAAGGCGCUUGUCAACAGAAGUGAAGUUGAAGCCAACAGAAGAUUACACGUUCUUCAUAAGGGAACUUCACACAGCAACACUUCUGGCGUCUAUUGUUCGCCCCCAGGGGGACAAGUGGGAAAUUUGCCCCCCCACUCCCGUAUUUUCGCUUCCCGAAGGGUGUCUUUGUUACUCCCCUUCAGGCGGGCUCUGGGGGGCAGUUGCCCCCCCCCCACACACACACACAAAAAAAGAAAGAAAUUAGAAUAAAACUUCAGACAAAUGGGGGGUCUGAAGUUUUCCUGGAAUUUUUUGUGCGCACUAUGGUGAUGUUGAAAGAAAAUUAAAAACCAAGCAAAAUCUC